CUGAGGAACCUUCAGUUCAACACACAUUUUCACCAACCGGAAGUCCCUUAUCUGGACCUGGUGAUGAAAUCUGCACUCCUGCGCAUGCGCGUUAAUGUUCAGAAAAAUUUACUCGAUCAUGACAAGAAUGGUUCACCUAAGUCUGUCACAGUGAGUCUAUAUGUUAAAAGGAUAGCAGACACAGACAAUGCGCCAAUACAAGACUCACAUUCUGUUUUUGUUGGCUCGUUUCCUGUUCAUCUCCAGACAAAAUCUGUGGAGAUUCCCUUGAACACCGGCCUCUUGUCCCACCUGUUGGACUUGAAAGACCAGCGAAUCGUGUUCACUGUUGCCAUUGGCAGCGGAGAGAAGGAAAGUGACAAUGUUGUCGACGACAUCAAUGGUGAGAGAGACUUUACAAGUAUCGAGUUAAGUCCCGGUUAUAAUCUCACAAGGCCGGCGGAAAGGCAUACAGAAUUCGGGCCCAGGAUCGACGUGUCGCAUGCGGUGCUGGAGGUGUCCACUGUGACGAAAGACCUGCGGAGAUCUCGGGGGAAGAGGCAGACCAAGGAGGCGUCGUGUCAGGACAACCUGUGCUGCAGGAACAGCAUCUACAUCACGUUUAAAGAAAUCGGCUGGGACGACUGGGUGCUGGCCCCCGACGGCUACACCGCUUACUUCUGCAAAGGCGACUGCCCGCACAGGUACAAGAGCGCCAGCACCUUCUCCGGCAUCAAAGGACUGCUUCACCUGCGUAAACCCAGCGUGGUCCCGGGGCCGACCUGCGCCGCCUCCGGCUACACGUAUCUCACCCUUCUGCACUACGAUGAGGACGAUGAACUGGUAAGCACGAACUACCCGGAGAUGGUCGUCACGGGAUGCCGGUGCUACUAGGCGGGGCUGGCACGGGUUGUCACUUCAGUUGUUGUCAUUGGGGUUGUGAAUGUAGCUGUUGCUGUUGCUCGAGGGCUGCUGUAAUUCAUCAGGUUUUGGCUGUUGACUACAACAGCUUGUUACACACAUUUGUUACACCGUUACCUUCUUUCGUAAAGUUCUCAAGGCUCCGACAGGCAUUAUACUUAGUAAAUUAUUGACGUUGCUGCUGCUAAACAAGGACAAUCUAUUGGCGGUGGAGUCCCGACAUUGGGGGCUCCAGUUGUCACAUUGCAGGCUUACCAUACGUCCAAAUGUUUGGGGCUUGAAUAGUCACAUGACAUGCUUACCAAACGUCCAAAGAUUUUGGGCUGGAAUUGUCACAUGACAUGCUUACCAAAAGUCCAAAGAUUUUUCACUUUAGUUGUCAAUUGACAGGGUUACCAUGCGUCCGAAUAUUUGAGGCUUGAAUCGUAACAUGACAUGCCUACCAUACGUCCGAAUUUUGGGGGCUUGAGUUAUCACAUGACAGACUUAACAUGCGUCCAUAAAUUGGGAGCUUUAGUUGUUACAUGGAGGGAUAAAGUCCCAUUUUGGGACUGGGACCAUUUAUGACGUGAUAUCUGUAUUUUGGUUGUGGG